AUGAGUCCGCUCACUCUGGCAGCCUGGAAUGUUCGUUCCCUUUUAGACAAUCUGAGGAGCAACCGACCGGAACGGAGGACAGCGUUAGUGGCUCGGGAACUGGCACACUACAAGGUGGACAUCGCCACACUCAGCGAGACUCGAUUCUCCGAACAAGGCCAACUGGGGAAGGUGGGUACCGGCUACACCUUCAUCUGGAACGGUCAACCCAGGCCAGAGCGACGAGACGCGGGUGUCGCCUUCGCCAUCCGGAACGACAUCGUGGGACGACUGUCCUGUUUGCCGCAAGGCAUCAACGAUCGCCUCAUGAGCCUCCAUCUGCCUCUACGGGGUGGGGGCGAAUUAGUCACCUUCAUCAACGCCUACGCUCCCCCCAUAACCAGCCCCGAGACAGCAAGAGACAAAUUCUACGAAGACCUGCACGCCCUCUUGGCGGCUGUGUCGAAGGCGGACAAGUUGAUUGUCCUUGGCGAAUUCAACGCCCGCGUCGGCCCAGACCAUGCUGCCUGGAGAGGAGUGCUAGGUUCCAUGGUCCGCGUGGCUCAAACGACAAUGGCCCGCUCCUUCUCUGCACCUGCGCAGAACACCGCCUCAUCCUGACGAACACCUUCUUCUGUCUGCCGGAGCGAGAGAAGGCCACCUGUAGGCAUCCUCGGUCGCGUCAGUCGCACCUGCUGGACUAUGUCCUCGUCCGGAGGCGAGAUCAGCGGGACGUGCUGGUGACGAAGGCGAUCGCGGGUGUUGACGGGUGUACCGACCAUCGCCUCGUCAUCCCAAAGACGCGUAUCGAUCUACAGCCUCGCAGGAGACCACAAGGUAAUCGACCCCCAUGUAAGCUGAAUACUGCCUUGUUGUCCUUGUCCGCUCACCAUCUUCAUUUCAGCAAUGAGCUAGCUCAACGACUAGACAACCUUCCAAUCGCUGCUGCCGCUGUCGCCGCCGACGCCGCUGCCGAGAACGCCUGCAUAUAA